AUGGCGGAAAUAGAUUAUACUAGGAGAAACAAGUAUGCGAGACCACUUUCAGAGGCCGAGAAGGAGCGUCUAGAUGAAUUCAUUGAUGCAAUCCAUUAUUCUGCAAGAUAUUCUGACGAUCAAUACGAAUACCGACAUGUUCAACUGCCUAAAGCUAUGUUGAAAAUCAUUCCAAAGGAAUACCAUGAUCCCCAAACUGGCACCUUGAAGCUAUUGUGGGAGGAAGAGUGGAGAGCACUUGGAAUAACACAGAGUCUUGGUUGGGAACAUUAUGAGGUACAUGAGCCAGAACCACAUAUUCUACUCUUCAAGAGAUCAAUUAAUUACCAACCACCAACUCAGCAGCAGUAA